CAGAGUCGCAUCUCAUACCAUCGCUUCCUAAACUUCCCCUACCUUGACAUUUCUGCAGCCUACCUGCCACUUCGACGACAGCUGUACGGUGUGAGAAGCUUUUCGUGAUGCCAUCAAGAUCGAGCUGUUGAACUAGCCAACCCUAGUGGAAAUCCGACUAGCAGUUCGAUCCCUCCAGCAGUAGUGGAGGAUUAUCAUGAAGCGGCCAACGGAAGCCUCCAGCCGCUCCCACGACACCCUCUCCUCUGACUCCUCUAACGAGCAUACUGCUUUAACGAUAAGCAACACUUACCGCCAAGACAGCAGCUCCAAACACCCAGAAACUUACCCUAAUCACCACAACAAUGUCAGCGAUGGCGAAAGCCACAGGUUCAGCAUGACAAAUAUCAGCUCGUCUUCACUACCUGACUCCACUUCAAAUGCAGACGCCGGUCAUUCCGAUCGCCAUUUAGUGAAAUUGGUCGAUCUCCCUGCUGUGAACCCUAGCGCGGGUAAAUUCCCCUACUGCCUGGUUUGGACGCCGCUGCCUGUUAUCGCGUGGCUCGUGCCGUUCAUCGGCCAUUUGGGGAUCUGCCGGGAGGACGGCACCAUUCUGGACUUCGCCGGAUCGUAUUUCGUCUGCGUGGAUAACUUCGCGUUUGGAGCUGCGUCGCGAUACCUUCAGCUAGACCCAGCAAAGGCAUGCCUGCCAUCCAACUUGUCAGAGCACAUCUGCAGCACUCCGUUUUUCCAUGCGGACUACGGCACAUCUCAAGGUUGGGACCAGGCUUUAGCAGCAACGGUACGCACGUAUCAGCAUGCCUUCUACAACAUUUUCACUUCCAAUUGCCAUUCGUUUGUGGCUUGCUGCCUCAAUCGGAUGGCCUACAAGAGCAGAGCAAAUUGGAAUGUCGUGGAGCUUGCGGCGCUGAUGUUUUUGCAUGCCAAAUGGGUCAGUAAUAGAGCAAUCAUAGCGGCAUUUGCACCUUUUGUAGUAGUAAUGGUGCUUGGGAUCUACUCGGCAGGAAUCACGUUCGUUUUCUUCUGGUUGGGGUUCUCAGCUCUUUUGGUAGGAUGGUUUGUUUUAGGGACGUAUGGAUUCAAGGGCUUGGUGCGAAGCAUGUAAUAUAAAAUAUGUUCAGUUGA